AUCCAUGCACAAUCAAGAUGCUCUCAAAAAUCUCUUUCCUUCUCUUUCUCGAUUCGGCCCUUCCUUCAACACUCUAAUCACCUACAACUCAUCAAAAAUAUUUACCUGUUUAACGGCCUCCUACCGUUUGUUUUUUCUUGCUCCCACAUCUCACUUUGAUCAUCUUGGCCUUUUUCAUCUCCAUCUUCAUCAUCAUGUUUACUUGUAAAAGUAAUCAUUUCAUAAAUACUUUACUUGUCCAACCAACAAUGUCAUUUCUGUUCAAUUUGCCAUCAAAGUGAAAAAGUUUCUCAUUCAAUGUUCUGAUCAAAAGUAUCGUCUACUUUUCAUUUACAAACAGUUUAAUCAGUAAGAAUAAUUAUGAAAAAUAAAAGUGAUAAAUGUCAAUUAGAGCCAUCGGAUUAGACAAUUUUUCAUCAAAUUAUGUCCACAGAAUUGUACCAUCUCAGAUCGACAAAAGAGUUUCAAUUGGUUUAUUAAUUGUGAUCAUGUUUAAAGAAAAGUUUAUAACUGUUAAAAGUUUUCCAACACUUUUAACACUUUUUUCACUGAUAUCUGGAUUCAGUUACCUUUUUAUGGUAACUCAAGAAAAAAGUUCGUUGACUGGAACAACAUUCAACCCUCUGGAAAGUUCAUCUCGAAGUUAUUAUCCAAGAUUCUCAGUUGAUCCCAAAGUCGAAGUAAUUGUAGCCUUUUCAGAGCAACUUGAGCCUCACAGUAAAUCUCGAUACUGUCCAGUGGGUCCAGUUGAUCAGAUAACCUGGGACAGUAGACUUUGGCAACGAAUCGAUUAUGAAAAUAUAUACCUUUGGUCAAGCUAUUAUGACGAUCGUUAUUCAUUCCGAGGCAACUCGUACCAUUUCAUCCGAACCAUUGCACUAGUUAGGGAAAGGUUGACCCUUGACUUGACCUGCUAUUUAUGGCAACAGCAAAACUCGACUCAAGCCACAACAGUACCAGUGAUUGCAACGGAACUGUGGCUCGAUAUUUGGGGUAAAGGGUCAUCAGUGACUCUCUACAAGGCUUACCUAUUUUCCUGUCUAGUGCCGCACAAUUUACACUACAAUGUGUCAGGAGUCUCGAUAAGUCCCUACGACUGCUCCAAGCCUGAAACUUAUAUCCCGAUUGAGGUUCCCUCUCAACCUAACAGAGCUCAUCCAGUCGCAUCAAGUACCAUUGCUAACCCACUGUCAACCGUUGAGUCAAAGUCAAGUCUAUGGUUGCCUGGGAAGCAAAAGUUUGCCAUUUGUGUUAAACCUUUGGACUUUACUAGAGACAUAUCCAAACGAUUGAUUGAAUGGUUGGAGUUGCAAUUUAUUCUUGGUGCUGAUUUAAUCAACAUUUACCUUUACUCUGUUCACCCGUCAACUUACAAAGUGCUCGACUAUUAUGCAUCACUUGGUAAAGUUAAACUGUUUCCCUUGGAUUUACCUGGUCAACUGCCAAAUCAGCCCAUGGAACGAUCUCAGUUUUUGCAGAAUAAUAUUUGGCAAAAACGACGUCUUGAGCUUUUACCUUACAAUGAUUGUCUUUACAGGCACAUCUAUACGCACCAAUUUGUGGUUCUGGUUGAUAUCGAUGAGGUGAUUGUUCCUGUGAAAGAUUACGAUUGGAAAUCGUUAUUGGACCGUGUAUUCACCAAUGACCCUAAAUCAAUUCAAGUCUAUCCCUCGUUUUCUGUUCAAAAUACAUAUUUUCUGGAAAGUUAUCCAUCUCCUUUGGUACCUGGAAUACCAAGUUACCUUUAUAUGAUUUCUCAUGUUGCCAGGUCAACUAACUUUAGUAUACCUGGUUAUGCUGUUAAAAGUUUCAUCUCAACCAAUACUAGUCUUGCUGUUUUCAAUCAUUACACUUUAUUUCCAUUGUAUCCAGCAAUGAAGCGAAACGCACUCAUAUCAACCUCAUUGGCUCAGCUCAAUCAUUAUAAAAGUGAAUGUCCAAGGAGUAUGGUUAAAGAGUGCUCAGAAAGGUUUAUGAAAUAUUGGAAAGUGGAUAAAAUUUUGUGGAAAUAUAAGAAACCAUUAUUGAAAGCAAUCAACCAGGCAGUUAAAUUGAUUAAUGAUUACAGUGAUAAUAACAAUACUCAUCACCAUUUAUCCAAUAAUUCAAUUUAUUUUGAUGAACAAAACUAAACAAUGAGUUAUUUCACUCACUGAAGAAGCUCAAAUGAAUGGCGAUUGGCUCUUAAAUUAUUAUAAUACAAAAGAAAAGGAAAGCGAAACCCAAAAAAUCAUUGUAUGAAGUUAAUUAACAAUAAGGUGACAACUAGUCGGUUUCAUUAUUUCAUGAUUAAUUUUGAUGUAAAUAAAAUUGUAAAUUAACUCUUAUGUAUUAACGAUAAUCUUUUUCAAAUUGUGCGCGUAUUUUCAACGCAAUGUUUUCUGUCUUUGAAUAUUUUCAAUAAAAAAACUUAAUUGAAAUUAAAGAAA